AUGAUGGCAGCCUCAAGUAGAGGCAGCAGAGCCGUUAGAGGCAUCUUUUCAUCAUCAUCAUCCCGGUUCUACUCUGCAGCCGCAACUACAGCGGAGACCAAGGCACCCGCUGCCGACGCCCCUCCUCCUCUGGCGCCCUCGACCAAGACGCCGUAUCCAUACGACGUCCGCUCCGGCCUCAUCCUCACACGGCCGCCGCUGCUGACGAGAACUCUGCACCCCUUCGAGAACGCCUUCUUCUUCUACCAGAAACGGCUGGAGGAGCGCCUCAACACGCCCUUCAUCACGAGCAUAUACUUCAAGCCCGACACGGCGGCGCAGCUGGACUGGAGCCUCAAGGUCCAGGAGCGCGGCGGCACCGUGGCCAAGGAGCUGGGCACGUACAAGGGCAAGAACGCCGACGCCUGGGACGACGAGCUGAGGGUCGGCGACGGUCUCAGCGCGCAGGAGACGGUCCUGGAGAGCCUCCUCAAGGACGCCGCGCCGCGGGUCAGCGACGAUGCCGAGGUCAUUGCGCCCGAGGACGUUGUGCCGGUGGAGAGGCCCGCGGAGAGGUUGUCUGAGGCGGAUCGGAACAAGGACGUGAGGCGGCUGGAUCGCCAGAUGGAGAAGACGCUAUAUCUUGUUGUCAAGGGGCCGGAUGGAUGGGGCUUCCCUGCCGAUGUUCUCAAGGACGAGAAUCUCCACGAGGGCGCAAAGAGAGUCAUGGACCAAGCUGCCGGCGUCAACAUGAACACCUGGCUCGUCGGCCGCGUCCCCGUCGCCCACCUCGUGCAAGAGCCCGUCCUCGGCGCCAGCGGCCAGGUCGAGAAGAAGGGCCGCAAGACCUUCUUCCUCAAGGGCAGGAUCAUGGCGGGCCAGGCCGACCUCAAGGGCAACCCCUUUGGAUACACAGACUUCAAGUGGCUGACGCGGGAGGAGCUGGAGACGGAGCUGGCGCCGGAGUAUUAUCGCGGCGUGAGGAAUAUGAUGGCUGACCGGUAA